AUGUCGGCCAACGUUACAGAUGGAGCUGAGAAUGGAAAUCCAGAACUGACGGCUGUUUUGAAUGAUCCUCAUCAAGUCCGCACAAACACCAUUCAACCCUUCUUACAAAAAGCAAUGGAAAGUCCUAUCAAUAUUGGAGAGAUUCCAGCCAGUCUUUUCUCAGGAAAAUCACAUUCCAAUCAUAACCUUACUCUGCAAAAUAGCCAUACUUCUUGUCCCAUUCUCGAAUCAAAUAGCAGAAACAACAUCCUCCUUUAUCCAGGCUCUUUCAACCCACCCCAUCAAGGCCACCUCGCCACAAUUCGCUAUUUCUCAGAGCGCCGUGGCCAACUUGGUGUCACUGCCAUAUUUAUUUUUGUAGACCCCGGAUUAAUUGUUCAAGGAAAAAAGAAGAAAUGGGGCAACAUAAUUCUUCCACAAGAACUCCGCUACGAACUCUUCUACCGGGUUCCGAAAAUCUACCAGCUAGUCGAAUCUGGAUGGCUUCAGCUUCUUGUAGGGGAUAUGGAUACUCAUAUUAAAGUCUUACGUAUGACGACUGAUCUCAUUUCCGAAGCUGGAUUUGAUGUCAAGUUGGUAGGACUUUUGGGUGGGGAUAAGUUGACGAUAGAAAGUGCUCCACAUUUACAUCCGGGAGACUUGCAGGAAUGGGGUCCGGUGGAUGAGUUUCUUAUUAUUAAUGCGAGAAGACCGGUUGACUUUUUUGAUCCGAAGGGAGAGGAGAUUCCGAGGAAUUUACCGGGCUGUACGGCUUGGGAGAAAUGUACGGAGGCAGAAGAGGAGAAGAAAGAGCAGCUCAAUGAGAGUGCUGGUGUGUUGUGGAUGUGUAAGGCUUUGACAGUACCUGUAAAUCCGAUUAUUCGAUUCCGUGCCUCGCAAAUUAGUGCGUCGAAUGGUGUUAGUUCUACUAAGAUUCGGCAAAUUAUGACUGAAGCUCAUGAUGAAGAGCUCAUGGAGGAAUUGAAAGAUAAAGUCAUUAGCGUCGAGUUUCUGGUAGAGUGGUUGCUGCUUCAACGCAAUCGAGAGCGAGAGAAGAUUGAUGAAAAGGCAUUUCUUUAG